ACUCCUAUACAUCCAAUGAUGACAUUUACACUGUGGUGAGCGAUUUGCUGGGACACAGUUAAUAAUUGUAGGAAGUUUUGGCCUACAUACCCAUCACAACUCAUUCAAGACUCUUUCACACUUCAGAGGUUUUGAAGUGUGGAUGAUGGAGAAAGUGCUCACAGCACUACAUUUUCUUUUCCACUCUCCACCAACCAGAAGACAGGAUUUCUCAGCUGCAACAUCAUCCUCAAGACUCCCUCUACCUAAACGCUCCAUGUUUUCCUAUCAAUUAUGUUCCUUGCAUUGACUGAUUACUCAUAUUUCCGGUUCAAAGUCACAACAGUUUUGCGUUAUAUCUCAAAGGUUUUGGGUAAUAUCGCAAAAGUUUUGGGUUGUAAAGCAAAACAUGCCUUCUUUUUUUUUUUUUCUUCUGCCGUUUUUUUCUCCUCCGUAGAAUACCAUAACAGAAGUUUACAUAAAGAUGAUAAAAUAGCGUGACAGAUAAUUCCAACCAAACAAUAAUUCGCGUUUUACUUAGGUAAUGGCCUUUAGAAAUUUUAAGUUUAGUUUAAACCGUUCGUUUUAAAUCCUCUCGUGAAUUAAAUGCGGUUAAAGCAGCGCGGUACUAUCAAUGCGUGUGCACGCGAAAUGGGAGAGGUUUUGGUAGGGGGAGGACAGCAACUCGACACCGGAAAAGAUCAGAUUCAUACCCCGCUGUUGUUGUCUGAAGUCGAAAGCGAAAGUUCAUCACCGCCGAUUAAACAGACACUCGCAAUGGAGUCUCUGACUGCAGCCAAUACCCGCUUCUCCCUGGAUCUUUUUAUGAAGAUUAGUAGCAGUAACAAGGGCAAUGUCAUCUUUUCACCGUUCAGCCUUUCCUCCGCCCUGGCCACGGUGUACUUGGGGGCUCGGGGUGACACAGCCGCUCAGAUGGCGCAGACUCUGCAUUUUCACAAAGCUGAGGAAGAUGUUCACAUUGGAUUCAGCCAGCUAUUGUCCUUGCUUAACAAACCUGGGGCCCCUUAUUCACUAAGCAUUGCCAACCGCUUGUACGGAGAGCAGUCUUAUCAGUUUGAUGAGAAAUUCCUUACUGACUGUAAGAGACACUACAAGGCUGAGCUGGAGCCUGUUAACUUCCAAUCAGGUGCUGAGGCAGCCAGGGUGAAUAUUAACACCUGGGUGGAGAAGCAGACAAACGAGAAAAUCAAGAACUUGCUGGCUCCAGGGACAAUUGACCACUUGACUAGACUUGUGCUGGUAAAUGCCAUCUAUUUCAUGGGUAACUGGCAGAAAAAAUUUCGUCCUGCAAACACAAGGGAAACGGGCUUUAAAAUAAACAAGUAUCAGAGUGUGCCAGUGAUGAUGAUGGGCCAAACAAGCAAUUUUGGUUUGAUCAACAUUCCAGAGGCAAAGUGUCAGGUUCUGGAGAUGCCCUAUGUUGGUUAUGAGCUCAGCAUGCUCAUCAUGCUACCAAAUGAGGUCAAUGGGCUGGAGGAGCUGGAACAAAAGCUCACAUAUGAGAACUUUACGGAGUGGACGAGACCAAACAGGAUGCACAUUCAGGAGGUGACUGUGAGCUUGCCCAAGUUCAAGCUGGAGGAGACCUAUGAUAUGAAUCAGGUGCUGAGCAGCGUGGGUAUGGUGGACGCCUUUGAUGAACUGAAGUGUGACUUCUCCGGCAUGUCUCCCGAUAGCGACCUGGUGCUCUCCAAAGUGGUGCACAAGGCCUUCGUGGAGGUAAAUGAGGAAGGCACGGAGGCGGCUGCUGCCACUGCAGCCUUCAUGGUAGUAGGCUGUUGCGCGUCAUUAAACCGGCCACUCAUGUUCACUGCAGACCACCCCUUCCUGUUCUUCAUCAGGCACAAUCCCACUAAGAGCAUCCUCUUCUAUGGCCGCUUCUGUUCCCCCAAAGCCUGAGCAUUUCUCAGGUGGAACAAGAUGGGUAAAUAUUAUAAAGAUAACUGAUUACGGUCUGCUUUGCUGCAUUAAAUUACUUUAAAAAUGGCGUUUUUAUUCCUGCUUAUCAAAGUGCACCUUAAACAAUUUUAGUGCUUUUUCUAUGGACUUUUAGAAUGUAUUUUGAACAAAAUACCAAAGAUUAUCCUGAAAAUGAGAAGUAGUAAAAUCCUUGAAAAUAAAUAAAAAUGCAUAUGUAACAUGA